UUGGUCUGACAACUAUAACAGUUCUGUUUUUACAAUAACAGCUAAACCUCCUUUAUGUUGUAUGUUGUACAAAUGUGCACGUUUUGAACCGGCAGUGCUGUCUAGCAGACGUUGUCUCAUUAAUAUGAAUUAGUUGGAGGCUUAAGACGUAAAUUCCCUCCGCACUGGCAGAAACGGUGAGAGCGAGACUGUAAGGAAGUGUUAGCGGACGAUUUUAUUUAUCUAUUUAUUUAUUUAUUAUAAAAUAUCCACUUGGAAAUUUAGCAUCUAAGUUUCAGCUCUUGUUCGAAGAAAUAUUUCAUAUCUUGGGACAAGAACAAAUGAAAUGGCUCUAAGCGGGUCGCUGCUCGGUGUGUUCAGGUCGCAUCUCCGCGGCGCGACUCAGCACCACGUUCGGGCACAUUCUGUGGCUAUUUUAGGGGCGCCAUUCUCCAAAGGACAGAAAAGAAGAGGAGUAGAACAUGGACCAAAGGCGAUCAGGGAUGCGGGUUUGGUUGAGAGGCUGUCCAGUUUAGAGUAUCCUGUACAUGACUAUGGCGAUCUGAACUUUCAACAUCUGGAUAAAGAUGAGCCGUUCAUGCACGUGCCAUUUCCCCGUACGGUCGGCCGUGCCAAUCAGCUGUUGUCCUCUGCAGUUAGUAGGGCUGUGGGUGGCGGACAUACCUGCGUCGUGCUUGGUGGGGAUCACAGUUUGGCCAUUGGCUCAGUGGAAGGCCAUGCCCAGCAGUGCCCAGACCUCUGCCUGAUCUGGGUAGAUGCUCAUGCUGACAUCAACACGCCACUUACCUCGCCUUCCGGCAAUCUCCAUGGCCAGUCUGUUGCCUUCCUUCUUAAAGAACUUCGGGGCAAGAUGCCUGAAAUUCCUGGUUUCUCCUGGAUGAAACCCUUCCUCUCCUCUACAGACCUGGUGUACAUUGGCCUGCGGGAUGUGGACCCUGGGGAACAUUACAUUUUGAAGAGCUUGGGAAUCCAGUGCUUCACCAUGCGGGACAUAGACAGGAUGGGAAUACACAGGGUCAUGGAAGUCACUCUCGAUCAUCUUUUGGCCAGGAAACAAAAGCCAAUUCACCUAAGUUUUGAUAUUGACGCCUUUGAUCCAUCCCUGGCCCCGGCUACUGGAACCCCUGUAAAUGGAGGAUUAACCUAUAGGGAAGGCAUCUACAUUACAGAAGAGAUUCAUAACACAGGACUGUUGUCUGCCAUGGAUGUGGUGGAGGUGAAUCCUGUUUUGGGAGCAAGCCGUGAGGCUGUGGAAGCGACUGCCGGACUGGCAGUGGAUGUCAUCGCAUCGUCUCUGGGGCAGACACGAGAAGGCGCGCACAUGGCCUUUCAGGAAAUACCGUCCCCAAAGGUGGACACAGAAAAGCUGUGUCUCUAAACCUGAACCUUUAGCUGUAGCUUACAGAGACUGAGGACUUGUCAUAUCUCACCACUUCUGCAUUCCAGAUACUUCCACAAGGAAAAACCUGCUCAUAUACCUGGCUGAACUAAAGUCAAAACAAGCUUAUUUUUCCAACGUCUCGAUUAAAUCUUAACCUUGGUCCAUCACGUAGACAUUACAGUGCAUCAGACAGUUAGGAAAUAGUCACAUGGGUAAACAGUAUACUCCUUUUAAACUCUUUUUUUUCAACCAGGAUUAGCCUGUUUGGUCACUGGAGUCUAAAAUUCUCUACCAAGUAGCACAUGUACCAUUUGGGUCUCUGCAGUAAUAAUAUUUUUGCACUAUGGGCCAGUGGUGAAUUUUAUGUAAUUUCUUGAAGUUAUUGUAUAGUAAUUUAAUUGAUGGACUUUUUUUGUAGAUGACUGAUUUUUACUUUAGCAAUAUUAUAGUUGUCUUGACUCUGUCAUUUAACAUGUAAAUAUGUCAAGUCACUUUUCAUAGACUAUGAAAUAAACUCACUUUUGUUUA